AUGAAAGCUCCCGUUUUUCAUGAGAGCUCUGGAUAUGAAUCUUGGCAUGUUAAUCCAGAGGGUGGCUCUCAGUUUUUGCUCGCGGGACGAGACCCUGGUUGAGAACGGAUGAAUCGGGCUCUCUUCGUUCUCGGCGGGAAAAUGAUCACAGGGAACGACAGCGAAGAACAGGAGAUCUAUCACGGCUAAUCUUACAUCCUUCAAUUGGACCCCAGCAGGACAACCUUGGACGAGAGCUGCUGAGGUCAUCAGUAUGUACGUGUUCUUAGAUUUACAGAAAAUGAGAAGAAUGAUGAAGAGGAGGCCCGCCCAACAAUCUGUUAUACAAUUCUAUGUCAUCUUUAUGUAUUUAUGGACCUCGAGUAGGGAAGAUCAAAUGGUAGGUGACUGGGGGGAAGGGGAGGGGGGAGGAGGAAGCAGGAGGAUCUCUCCGGCUCCCUCGUCGUGUCUCUGUGCCUGAGCGCUAACUGUCUCCAAAGUCUCUAAUGGAGAAUCGGCCGCCCUCCGGCAUGUUGCCUGCGUGCCGGAGGCCGAGGGUGAGAGAGACGUCGCCGGAGGCCCCGUACCUCCUGCGUGCCGCCGCCGAGCCCGCGAUGGCGGCGCGGAUGUCGUCGGUGGGGCCCAGAUCGCCCAUCGGCAGCACGUCCAUGCCGACCAGGGAGGCGACGUCACCGGCGCCACCGGUGGGACGGCCCAGCGGGUGGCCCGUCAGGCCUUCAGACGCCGCGAAGUGCGGCUGAGAAGGGUCGCCGUCGUUUGCACCGAUUUGCGGCUCUAGCGGCGGCGGUUGGUUCUUCUGUUGCUCUUGGUGCUGCUGCUGCUGCUUCGGCGACUCCGAUCUCCCUUCCUCCCUUUCACCGUCGUCCGUAAGAUCCUUCGAUUCCUGCUGGUACAUCUCCUCCACCAUGGGCUUCCACAGCCGAACCCUCGCAUUAAUGAACCAAUUCGAUACCUGCAACGCAUGUUAUCCAAGCAUAUUGAAAACCGACAUGACACAUCUAGGGCUGUCGCAGCCCGGCAGGGCUGGGUCGAAUCCCAUCCGAAUCACUUAAACGGCGAUGACAACCACAGAUCUGGUCAGAAGUAAAUGAAGCCUGUGGCUCUGCGGCUCUCGCCUUCCUACAUUCUUAUCUACAUGCAGUGGAAGAGGGGAGUCUGAGAAGAAACCUGCUCACUCCAUUCCACUCCCCUCCCCUCCCCUCCCCGUUGGUCUUAUUUCAGAAGAAAUCUAUGCAACAACUAUUCUUUUUUCUUAUCGGUUUCGUCUUAUCAGAUCACUGCUAACAUGCUGGACCACGGGCUGGUAUUAGCGGAAGCUGGGGAGAGCAUGCAGAGGGAAGAGGAAAUCGACAGACGACUGUCUGCAGUUUUUUUGUUUUUUUACUUGACCUCAACUGGAAGGAGACAGGACGGCUGUUUGAAUUCUGCAGGAGACGAAAGAUGAGUGAAAAACUGAGAAUUCUUCUGGUUCUUUCUUGCUCCAAUAGUUCCCUUUGGCCGUCACUCGUCAUUCGACGGAUGAACACUCUCUCUCUCUCUCUCUCUCUCUCUCUCUCUCUCUCUCUCUCUCUCUCUCUCACUCACUCACUAUGGGCAGCUUUCCGAAUGACUUGACCCCCAUUUAAGUAGCAUACUUACCCAUGAGCAUCAGAUGAUCUACUAAUUUUUCCCUGCCUACUUUCGGGGAUCGCGUCCGACCAAUCGACGAUCGGGCCGAAACCGAGAAAGAGAAAUAUAAAAGAUAGCAGCUUUGUGCCCGGGAGGUGUCAGGUUAUCAACAAUACUCGUUGAACUGGGGACAUACUCCUACCUACGACUUCGCAUCCUUGUUGAGAAUCAAAGAGCUGAGAAUUCAUCACUAGUAGGGUAAGUUGACGCGGGAGGGGGGGAGGAGGGAAGGGCGGACGAACCUGAUUUCGCGAUAAUCCCGUCUGCCUGGCCAGCAAAUGCUUAUCUGCGUCGCUUGGGUACCUGAGAAGGAAAGGAAAAGAGUGGAAGACGAAGUCAAGACCUCUGACCGACCACGCUGAGACGAGAGUCCCCCCUCUCCCCAAAGAAAAAGAAAAGGAAAAGGGGAUAAAGUCUUCUCAUGGUGCGACAAACGGGAAGGGCUCCGGACAGUGAUACUGUUUGUCACUCCGUCUGUGAAGAAAGAGAUCACCAAGACUGAAGGGGUACCUUUGCCCAGGCUUUUUGUUGCAAAGACAAGGCCCGACGACUGCAGCAGCUGCACCACUCCCCCUCGGGGAUGAUGGCAGGGAAUAGGAGGGUGAAAGUCGGGUUAAAUUUGUUGAAGUCCCUAAUCAUUGUUCGUAUUGACAUUGAUAGCGAGCGGAGCGUAGAGGAAGAAGAUGACAGGGUCUCGCGGCCACUGGGGUGUGUGAGAUUAUGGAUGCAUUGGUGGUUCAGCUGUGUCUAGGUGAGGAGGAGGUGGUUGUGGUCUCGUGCGCUUAACGAUCUCAAGCUACGGCCAUGGUCUUUAAUGAAGAGGAGAUGUAGAUUAUGAAGUUUCCUCGGCCAGACAUUUAUGAUAGAUGCACGAGCAGAUGCAUCAAAGGAGAAGAUGACUAAUGCAAUAUAACAAUCAUAAGACGACGAAGCAAACCAGGAGGAUGAAGAAGAACCAGAAGAGGAAGAAAGAGGCGUUAUUCAUAAGGAAGAGAUAAUACGUACGGGUGGAGGAAGUGCUCAAAAAGCCAUCCCCUUAAUAUGUUCACGGAUCGUUCAGGCAAGCCCCUCUGAGGCCUCCAGGCUUCUUGCUCCAUCAUCCCUAUCUGGUGGAAGGCCCUCUGCUGACGUAGGCUUUGCUCAAGAAGCCGCAGCCUGGGGGUCUCCCCCUUCGUGAUGCCUGUGGAGCCUGCCCCGUCCUUCUCUCCGAGGAGAUCGCAAGUGUGCUUAAGCUGCGCGGCUAUGGCGUCCUUGAGGCACCGGAAGUGCCGGGACAUGGCCUUCUGAGCCAGAGCUGUGUAGGGGGUGGCUGCGCCCGCGCCCAUCACCGUGUCGAACGAGUUCACCACCACCUGCAUCUGUUCGCAGUAGUGGUUGUACCUUCUCUCGACCUGUAAAUAUAAGCGAAAAAUAGAGUAAACAAAGAGGAGAAAUAUCGCCGAAAGAGAAGAGAUAAGAAGGGUUUGAGGCCGCCCCUCAUAACCCACGAGUACCAUACUUGUUCCAUCCAAUUAUAUGGUUCCUUCAAUAAUGGACGGGAAGAUACGAAAGGGAAGUGCUCUACCGAUGCACUUGAGCUUCACUUCAUGGAAUGCCAAUAAAGUCGGCCGUGUGAUCAUGAGCCUACUUGCGGGAUAUUCAGUGACUCUGAUUCCGUUGGCUGAGUUCCCACAUACGGAAAGGAAGUAUCACGUAGUGGAGAAGGAAUGAUUCUUUCUACGCGUACGUUUUCAACUUGAUUAUCGUAGUAGAAACCGAGAGAGAGAGAGCAAUGAAUGCAUAGGUCAAACGGUUUUCUCGGUAAUAGAGUGAAUGCCUGGAAGAGUAUCCUGAUAUCUACAACUUGGUUGUCGAAAAUUGCGAGCGUAAGAUGAGCAUGCAGCUGAGUGCAGAAAGUCAACGUGAAUUCCCCUUAAUAAGUCAACUCGAGUUGCUCCCUAAUGGCUUACUCUGCAGGUUUUCGAUGAUGGGUAAUUCGAUCUAAUCUAGGCAUGGGAUCUCUGAAGCUGGCCUUCUUCCAGGAGCCUGAGGUGCGUGGGUAGGGAAAUCCCAGCGUUCUGGGCGGGCGUAGUAUACGGAAAGUGUUGUGCGAGGGAAAAGCUCGAGGUACCGACGGUGGGAUGGAAACUGUAAUCUAAGAGGCAUUCUAAAGAAAAAUCAUGGGAUGGUCGACCGAGGUGGUUUGGAAGCUCACUUCCGGCUCCCUCGUCUUCCUUGAAGGAUAAGGGAGAACUGUGACAGUUGGAAGCUCUCCACGGAGGAGAGGGGCGAUACAGAUGGAGAGACUUGUAGCGGGAAAGGAGAGGAGAGCUGAGCUAAGUGUUUAAAAGUGAGUGGAGAUGGAGGUGGUAAAAAUUAAAAAAAGCGGGUGAGAAGUGGUCUAGAGAGAUAGAUAGAUGAUAGAGAGGGAGAGAGCGAGGAGAGAGGAGAUAGAGAGAGAGAGAGAGAGAGAGAGAGAGAGAGAGAGAGAGAGAGAGAGAGAGAGAGAGAGAGAGAGAGAGAGAGAGAGAGAGAGAGAUUGGGGUACAUGCCUCGUCAAGCAUGGACAAGAGCUUGGCCUUCCUCCGUUGGUGCUCGAACCUAUCCGCAGGCGAGAGAGGGGGGGGCUCCUUGAUGGAGGAAGAGCUCCCAGCGGCGGCACUGGAGGUAGAGGCGCUACCACCGGCGGAACUAGGGUUCCGAUUGGCGGCAGAUCCAUUGUGCCGUCCUUUCCUUGACCCCUUUAGCUGGCCCCUCGCCAUCCCGCAGAACUCCUCCAGCAGGUCCUGUGCUGCCCGGGUAUACUUGGAGUUUCUCAGCAUGUUCGCCACGCCUGCAGAGCUCCCGAAGCCGACAUGCUGCACAUGCUGACUGAAGCCCAGUUGACCAGGCUGACCCUGAAAAUGCAAUUGCCUCGGCUGUUGCUGUUGCUGGCCUCCGUAAUACCUCAAUUCCUCGGCCCGCGCCAUUUCCAGCUGCUGGAGAGAUGAGCUGAGAGACAGCGAGAGACCUUGGCCCUCCACCAUCCCCCCUCCGAAGGAACUGUUGCCAAAGGAUUGCGUCUGGAAGGCGCUGGGGUCUGGCGAGGGAGGAGAAGCUGACCUCUGCUGCUGCUGAAGAGGGUUCAUCAGGAACAUAUGCAUCGCCGCAGCUGAGUCUGCAUUCAUCCCGGAGAGCUGGUGAUGGCGCGGUGGGUCACCGACCUGGGGCUUGGGUAUGUCCACUGAGGAGGCGAGGCCACCGCCCAUCGCCAAACCUUCCCUACUGUUGCCGCCGCCAUACCAGUCCCCGGAGAAGCCAGCCGCAGGCGGCCUCUGGGGACGGAAAUUCGGUGCGAUUUGGCUCGCGAGAAGGUCGGUGGAGGACUGCCCCGCGGCGGCGGAGAAAUUGAACAUGUCUGAAAGCAUGUUGCCACCGCCGGCGGGCUCGUAGAUGGGCUCCGGUAUGUCAUCAAGCGAAAGCAGCGGAGCUCCAGAUGGGUCGAAGCCUUGCACCCUCAGCUUGUCCCUCCGACUUUGCUGCGCGAUGUGCUGUUGCUGCUGCUGCUGCUGCCGCGUGGCAGCGGCGUGA